AGAGAGUCAGGAACAAAGACAGGAGGAGGGAGACGAGACUCCCAGGAGAGGCGGCCCGGGGAAGCCGGCGUGAGGGGAAACCAGAGAAACAGAGAGAGGGAGGGCCGAGCAGAGUGGGGCCGUCCUGUCGCAGACGGUGGCGACAGCAGUGGAGACAGCGCGGGGACGAGAGAGAGGGGCCAGGGACCAGCAGAGACGGGACAGGGAGUCCUACCCCAGAGACCCGAGACCUGGGACCAGGGCCGGACAGAGACGGAGGGUGGUGUGGAGGUGAGGGAGGGGAAGAAGAGGUGAGAAGGAGUGAAAGACGUCAACAGAGCAGGACCCACAGACACCCGGAGGCUAAAAGAGGGGAGAGGGGUGAGGAGAGAGCGAGCGUCAGAGAAAUCUGUGGGCUCAGGCGCAGAGGGAGACCGGGCCGAGCCCUUCAGACGCGCUCCUAGACCACGCAGUGGGUUGAGGGGGCCGGUCGCCUUUCGAGGAACCUAGACAAGGGGCAGCCCGAGGGCCUGAUGACACCAGGCAACCCCAAGAUGGAGCUCAGGGACCCCGAGAACCAGGAGGAUGGGGACCCAGAGGAGGACACAGCCACGGCCCUGCAGCGGCUCGUGGAGCUGACAGCCACCAGGGUGACCCCAGUGAGGAAUCUGCGGGCCCAGUAUCGCCUCAUCCGAAAGCUGGGCUCGGGCUCCUACGGCAAAGUGCUCCUCGCCCGGCCUCGCCAAGGGGGUCCGGCUGUGGCUCUGAAGCUCCUGCGUCGGGACUCGGUCUCGAGAACCACCUUCCUGAGGGAGUUCUGCGUGGGCCGCUGUGUCUCGUCACACCCGGGCUUGCUCCAGACCCUGGCGGGACCCCUGCAGAGCCCCCGGCACUUCGCCUUCACCCAGGAGUACGCGCCCUACGGGGACCUCAGCGGGCUGCUGCAAGAGCGGGUGAGGCAGGCAGGGGACAAAGGCUGGGACUGCUCAUCUCAGGUGCCACUUUGUCCCAAAGCCCACUGCUAUCUCCAACCCUGA